AUGAUGAGGAGCUGGGGGGUCAUCGGUGGGGUGGCCGCCGUCUUUGCCGCCGGCCUCUACGUCCUCUGGGGCCCCAUGGCCGAGAGGAAACGGCGCAGGAAAGGGCUGGUGCCCGGGCUGCUCAACCUGGGCAACACGUGCUUCAUGAACUCCCUUCUCCAAGGGCUGUCGGCGUGUCCUUCCCUCAUUCAGUGGCUGGAAGGAUUCGCAGGUCAGCGCUCGGCUGGCCAAAGCAAGAAGGCUGGGCAGCAGUCCCUGUCGCUGACCUUGCUUCGCUUGCUGAAAGCUUUAUCCUGCCAAGAGACAGUGGGGGACGACCUCUUGGAUGCAAGCUGCUUGUUGGAGGUUUUAAGGCUGUACCGCUGGCAAAUCUCCUCUUUUGAAGAGCAGGAUGCUCAUGAACUGUUCCACGUUCUGACUUCUUCACUAGAAGAAGAACGAGAUGGUCAGAGCCAGAUUCCUCAUUUAUUUGAUGUGCAUUCACUGGAGGAGCCGGAAAUACCUCAAGAACAAAUAUGCUGCCGAACAAAAGGUCCGCUUUAUCCCUUGCCAAAUCGUUGGAAAAGUCAGCAUCCUUUUCAUGGGAGACUGACAAGUAACAUGGUUUGCAAGCACUGCAAGCAACAGAGUCCCCUCAGAUAUGACACUUUUGACAGCCUUUCCUUGAGCAUCCCGGCCACUGUGUGGGGCCAUCCCUUGACGCUGGAUCACUGUCUUCGCCACUUCAUCUCCUCCGAGUCGGUCAAGGAUGUCGUAUGUGACAACUGUACCAAAAUUCAGGCCAAAGGGACAAAGGGCCUCCAAAUUAUGGAGCACCAGAGAACAACUUUUGUUAAGCAGUUAAAAUUAGGAAAGCUCCCUCAGUGUCUCUGCAUCCACCUGCAACGGUUGAGUUGGUCCAGCCAUGGCUUGCCCCUGAAGCGGAAUGAGCACGUGCAGUUCAGCGAGUUCCUCAUCAUGGAUCUGUACAAGCAGCACUUUCCCACCCAUAAAUCCAGCCCCAGGGAGGGUCUGCAGGCAGAGCCAGGCUCCAGGGAAGGCAUGGAACGAGCAGGGAACAGCAAACCCAUUCUCAGCAACGGCACAUACUACACUCCGUGGCUGCCUCCCUCCAUCGGUUUCCCUUACAUGGCUGUUCCUGGCUGUGGUUCCCCCGUCUACGUGUACCGCUUAAUGGCUGUCGUGGUCCACCACGGGGACAUGCACUCAGGGCACUUUGUGACCUUCCGCCGUUCUCCAUCCUCUUCCCGGACUCUGCCCUCUGCUGGCAGCCAGUGGCUUUGGGUUUCCGACGACGUGGUGCGCAAGAGCACCUUGCAAGAGGUCCUGUCGUCGAGCGCCUACUUGCUCUUUUACGAGCGCAUCUGCUCCAGGCUGCAGCCUCCCAGCCGAGAAUUCCAAGCUGAGGAAUGAUAGAGGAGACCAGGCCAUGCGUGCAGUAGCCGCUGCUCUACCCUGGGGCAAGAACCCACCAGGAGGUUUCUGCCCUGGACACCCCAGGAUGCAGUGGAGGGGGUGCCUCUCGACAGGAGCCGGUAGACGGUCUUGCCCAAAGAUGUGAUUUUCAUCCAUCUCAGAAAAAUCUUCAUGUGCUCCAGAAUACUUUCCGUUCCAGGAAUUUCAAGUAGAGGCCUCUUAGGUUCUCCUCCCUUGUGGCUUCACCUCCGCCGCUUCCUUUGUGGUGAUUGAUUUACUGCCAGUCUUUUCACAUUUCACACCUGUAGCAGAUUCAGUCAGACAACAACCUGCCACGUCUGGAGGGGAGGGUGAAAAAGUCCUUUUAAGUGCCUUGAUCGUAUUUUAAUUAGCGAGGAGCUCACUUGUGGCUGGUGCGCUGGGAUUCCGGGGGAGGCCAGCGGAGCAGAGGAAGGAAAGCAGGCUGGUAUCUUUGUACUGAUGAGUCUGUUGUAAUUACAUCAGAUUUCUUAUCAGGCUCUCCUUCAGCAAAAGGAGGAGCCCUCUUUCCUAUAACUUGCUAAUUCUACCACCAGAAUUUGCCGAUUUAAAAUAUUUUGUACA